GACACCAAUCACAAAUAAAAACUAACUAGGCAUAAAACCAAACUAAACAAACUUUUUUUUUUAUUGUGGCGGAACCAACUUCGGUUAUGUUUAAUCUUUAAAAACUACACAGCCUUAAGUGUCUCAAACAUUUCAAUCACCGCUUUAAUGUAAGUUACCAUAUUCCUUUAACAAUAAUACACCUGUUUUAACAUUAAUAUCACGUUUUACAUUUUUCAUUUCAGUUUCAAUGUCAUUCACUCCCGCCCAGAAAGAGCACGUGAUGGCAACAAACACGCGCGACGUCGCCAUGGGAACGUCCACAAACAAACCACCGCGUUUACGGCACCGCUGCUUCUUCCAUUACAUCUUAAUACUUUCACAUUUUAAAAGGCAGUUUCAACCAAUACACUCUGAAUUAUGGAGGAAGUAAUUGAUGUUCCAGGAGCGCCGCCUGAACCCGCUGUGGUCUCCCAAACCCUGGGAAAUGAACAGAGGGCUUCUCAAAAUCCCAUUGACAACACAGUGGCCACAGAAAGUGAGCCUCAGAAACAGAAUGUACAGGAGCAAGAAAAGAUCUCUGCACAGAGGAUCACUAACCUCCACAGACAUUUAACAGCAUUAGUGACCAACAUUCAAACUGCUGCUGAUGCCAGGGAGUCUAUGAGAAGAAAAGACCUGGAAGAAGCCAGGGAAAUGAGACUAAAGCUACUGGAAAAUGACAUGAAGUCCAGUCAAGAAAAAUUUGCGGAAAUCACUAAGGGAUGGUCGCUGGCCAAGGACUACGUACACGCCGAGGAGCUGCAGAUAGCUCUGGACGACCAGCAGAGGCUGCUCACGAUCCUUUUACAGGAGAAGAAGAGCCUCAUCAAUCACCUGCAGGAGGAACUGAAGGUUGGUGAUGAUCGCUUUGUGAAGGACUUGAGGAAACAGACAGAGGAGCGAGACCUGAUGCUGGAGAGGAUGGAGGACCAGAUCAGAACUCUGACCCUUGCCUACAGAGAGGAGCUGCUCCAGACUCAGGCCGUGAAUCGGCAGGAAACCGAUGACCUACUCACAAGAGACAUGAGUGAAUGGGACCAACACAUCAAGACACUUGGGGACACAGAGCUUGACAGACUGACAGAGAGGAGGAAGACCGUGGCUGAGCACGAAGCCAAAAUUCACAGUCUGAUAUUUCACACAUUGGACAAACAAACUGCCGCUAAGAUAGAACAAAACACAAAGCUACAAGUGAUGGAGCGAGAGCAUCAAAAGAUUCUGGCCUCCAACAUCAUCAUCAGGCUGAAGCAGAUUAAGGAACGGCACGAGUUGGACAUCCUCAUGAACAACAGGGUGGAAAGUCUGCCGACAGAGAAGAAGAAAAGCAUCACCACAACACACUCCACUCAGCCGAGUAAGAAAAGCCAGCAUUUGUCCAAAGAGUACAAGCAAAGUGUUCAGCACUAUGAACGCCUCCAGAAGACAAUCAAACAGAUUACACUGGCUGAUACCAGGACAUUUGAGGACAUGUGGUUAACAGUGGAUGCUGAGGUCAAACAGCUCGUUGAAAAGGCCUUAGAUAUCGACUCACUGAUCUGCAAACAGCACUACGGCAUCGCCUGGCAACGACCUCAGCUACCAGUCAGAGGCGUCCACUCUGACAAACACUUCCACAGAUCUGGCCACCUGCAGUUCUCUGGGUUGUCACAAACUAACCCCGCUUCACAUCGCAGCCGGGGGAUGAAAACAGAGACAGACACAGAGAGCACAGACGUAGAGGUGUGUAAGGACAGGUCAGUGGUGCAGAGCGAUGGACAGGCAGAGCUGGAGGAGGAGGAGAAUAUGUUUUCCAUGGAGAUGCUGACGAAGGUCAUGGAGCCGCUGUGGGAGGAAAUAGGCUUCCUGAUGGAGGAGGAUGUAAAGCUGCUCCAUUGUCUGGACAAGGACGCACAGACAGCCAUGAAGCUGGGCUCCCUGCUCUCCUCUCUUGGCAUUAAGGAGGAGGAUUUGCCCGAGUUGGUUCACUUCCUCUUAAAAUACAGACAACACCAGGAAGAGCAGACUGAGGAUGUCUGCAGUGAGACUGGAGAAUCACAUGACCAGGCAGCAUCACAGGGAACGAGCUCCACAUCUGAUCUCAUCCAACCUCAUAAAGUCCUGCCUGCUCUGAAGAGUUUCCUUCAGCAGUACAACAAGUCCAGUCAACAACAGUCCAGUGCUCGUCACACAGAAGCCUGGAGCAGCUCAGAGGACAAAGCCUACUGGGAAAGUUUGGGAAACAUUAUAUCUGAGGACAAAGUCAAACUGUGGGAGGAGACAGAGAAGAGACUCAAACAGUACAAUUCAGUGCUGACAGAGAUCUCUGAGCUCAUCACUGAGACUGACAGUCUGAAGCAGCAGAACGCAGAGCUGCGGAUGCUGCUGCAACAGUCUCUCAACCCACAAGUCGCAUAACAAAAUCCAUGUGAAGCAGCAGUACAUGUAUAUAUGUGUAUAUAUGUAUAUGUAUAUAUGUGUAUAUAUUUUAAAAAACCACCAGUUUACACUCACUGAAGUAGGUUUUUUUGUCUCUAGUCUGUGUACUAUAGCAACAACAGCAGACUUUUAUUAAAAAAAAUUUAAAAAACCCAUUCCUUAAGGUCUGUACCAAACUCCUAGUGUUCUCUGUUUUCGCACUGUUUUGCAGUUCUUUCCCCUGAUGCUGAAUUCAGGCUCAAAUCUGUUCAUCUCUUACCUACAGCCGUUGCUUCUUUCAGAUAUCGUUUAUUUGGAAUUUUAUCGAGAAAACUACAACAAAUAAACUAACAGGCAAAUAAACAGCACGCUUCAACAGCUACCUCAUAAAUACACAAAAUGAACA